AUGGAGUGUCCGCAAAAGUGUCCGGUUUGCUUAGCCGACAUCUCCGGAUGGCACUACGGCAUUCUGUCGUGCGAAUCUUGCAAGGUACGGUGCUCCUCUUUUCAUUCCUUCAACUCUUUCGUUUCUUUUAGGGAUUCUUCAAAAGAACUGUUCAAGGCAUUAGAGAUAGUGGAAAGCAGCGUCAAUAUUGCACUGACAGACACGUCAUCACCGCCACGACUCGCAGAAUAUGCACUGCUUGCCGUUUCGACAAGUGUCUGAAGGUCGGCAUGAGAAUAGAACUUGUUCGAAAGGACAAAAAGCGAGGGGGAAGAUCGAGAACGUAUCCAAAGUGGAGGAAAGAGAAGCAGACGGUGAGACAGCAACAGGCUCCGGUGGCACCGCCCGUCUGGAACAAUCCCGCGGUCACUGUCAACGUGUUCAACUACCCGCCACCCUACCCCGUCUUCCAAAAUGUUCCCUAUUUCGGUAACUCUUCUCGUUCUCGUCAUUCUAAAUAAAAUAUGUGCUCUAUUUUCAGCUCCUCCCUAUCAGAUUCCGUUUGGUCCGGACCCACAAUUCAUGGAGAUCAAGCGGUUAGUCACUCCAACAACUAUGGGGUCAUUUCACUGCAACCGCGCUCUGUUCCUCAUUUCCUCCUUUUUAAGUUGAAACUUGACAAAUUGGCACGGCGCCAAUCCCGUGGAUAAUCUUGAGAUUUCAGCGAGACCGUCGAGGAAUAUCCACAAUAUGAGAAGUUUUCUGACGAACAAUACUAUUCAGAAUACGAUCAAAACGAGCAGCAACCGUAUUAUUCCAAUUGA